AUGGAUCUUUCUGAAUCGGGAGGUUUCCUCCCAGAUUCCCUCCCCUCUCCUUCUCCAAGCACUACGUCAGUCAGUUCCACCUCAUCCAAUCUACCACAGCCACGUAGCAAACCUCUUCGUGCCGGAUCCGCAAAGGAACAAGCCGCAAGACGCUAUGUAGAGAACAAAUUACUCCAAAUCGCAAGGCGAUACACCAAAAAGUUUGAAGGUCCCGAAGAGGGAGACACGGUAGUCGGCUAUGUAAGUAUGAAGGAGGUAGCCAAGGACGUUUCCGAGAUAAUAGAUGUAUUGUGGCUGUCAGGCACACCAAAUUUGCAAAUUCCAUAUUUGCUAAAUGUUGCUCUUACAAUGUCUACAUAUCCCACCAAAUUUCCCCCAGAACCAGCUACAACAUUUGCUGUUUUGAGAAAGCUAGAUCAUGCAUUCGCUAGUUUACUGAGGGGAGAAGACUCCGUUACUGGAGAGGUCUUGCCAGGGUUUCCGGCCGGUAGGAGAGCGGGAAUGAGCCAGACUGAUAUGGUUAGAUGCAGAAGUAUAGUUGAGGAUACCAGGGUAAUGAUUGUGGACGUCAUGAGUAAGGAAGUAGAGCCAGAACCACAAUCCGAGAAUGGAGUCAACGGUAACGCUCGUGGUAAUGGUGAAGGUGAGGAUGAGCGUGGUAAUGAAAUGGACAAUGGUCCUGAUGACAUGAUUUUGGACGAAGAUGAUAACUCUGAAUAUGACAAUGAUGAACUUGCUAUGGACAUUGCUAGAGUUUACGAGGCAACGAUUAUGGAGCUUGGAGAAAGGCUAGAGAGUGGUCCUAACAUUGGGAUCGGGCAUAAUGAUUCAUGA